AUGAUUCCAAAUUGCAUGGACGGCAAAGGUCCAUUGUUAGCCGCCGAUCAUGUCUACACCUGUAAAGAGGGAUGUCCAGAAGGCUUCGUUUGUGAGUAUCCGUAUGACGCCCAGGUACCAGAAAAAGGAAUCUGCUGUCCUGAUCUGGAAGCCUUGUACCGUUUGUAUGGCAGCGAAGAGAACAUGCAACCAGGCACUAAAUUCAUUUGA